ACAAACGAGAGAGUGGGAAAUGCGCCAGGCGAAGGACUCCCUCACCACCCAGCUGUACACCUCCGCCACUUUCCCCCACACUAAAUUUGCGCUGCAUUUCUCUCCGCCUCUCCUUCGCCCCCUUGCGCUUCGUCUUUUCCGCCCAUGGAGCGCUCCGCCUUCCGCCAUGCGCCGCGCUUCCUGCGCCGUGGCUGCGCCAGAGCGCGCCUGCUGCUGCGCAGACCCGCGGCGGGGCGGAAACGACACGUGCGCAAUCCGCCACUGGUCCGCGGAGUGAAGGCGGAUUCCCGCGGCGGAGAAUGAGUCGUGCGGGGAGCGCGGGGAAUUCGCGGAGCAAGGGCGGGCGUGACGAGGCGCGCGCUCCCUCUCGUCCGCUCUCCCCCUCUCCAUCGCGCUCCUCACUCCCCCCGCACUGGCAGUCCCUGCUCUGGGGGAUCCUUCAGUCACCCAUUGCUGACGUCACCGUGACGUCACACCAGCUGGCAAGCUGCCUGCUGCCGAGGAAGCAACUGUCGCACUGUUUGAGAGAACCACCUACUCUGUUGUCAACAUAUUCGACGUGACUCUGCGGCCCAGCAUGAGCACCACAGGGCAGGUGGAGGUCCCCGAGGGCAACGGGUCGGGGGUGGUGUGGAACAGCGACGGUUACAUUGUUACCAACUACCAUGUGGUCGGGAGCGCACUUUCCCAGAACCCUCCUCCCGGCCGCACCAUCGCCAGAGUCACUCUGCUAGGCACAGACGGCUUUCAGCGCAACCUAGAGGGCGUGUUGGUGGGAGCUGACAGGACCAAGGAUCUCGCAGUGCUUAAGGUCAAUGCUCCUCCCAACCUCCUCCGCCCGCUCCCUCUCGGCGAUUCCGCCUCCCUGCGUGUGGGUCAGCGCUCCUACGCCAUCGGCAACCCCUUUGGCUUCGACCACACGCUCACAGCGGGGGUGCUCAGCGGUCUUAAUAGGGACAUCUACAGCGCAGCAGGAGUGGUGAUCGCUGGGGGCGUGCAGACGGAUGCGGCAAUCAACCCUGGCAACAGUGGCGGACCUCUGCUUGACUCAACUGGCAGCCUUAUCGGCAUCAACACUGCCAUCUUCACCAACACAGGCACAUCUGCGGGUGUGGGCUUUGCAAUUCCUGCAGUGGUUGUGGCGCGAGUUGUUCCUCAGAUCAUCCAGUACGGAAAGGUCAUCCGGCCAUCCUUGAGCCUGCAGCUGGCGGCUGAUGGCAUUGCCAGGCAGCUGGGCGUGGCAGCAGGGGCGCUUAUCCUAGGGGUGAAGCCAGGGUCAUCAGCAGCCAAGGCAGGCGUGACGGCCACAAGGAGAGGGUUUGCCGGCAACAUCGUGCUGGGAGAUGUGAUUGUGGGCAUUGACAAGUACACUGUGAAGAUGGCUGCUGAUGUGGAUAAGGCCCUUGAUGACCUGUCAGUGGGCCAAACUGUGCCACUUCAAGUACUUAGGAAUGGUGAGAAGGUGACAGUGCAAGUUGUUCUUGAAGAGUCGUCUUAGGGACUAGAUUAGCAACAAAUAUUACCCAUGGUACGACGCUUAGAGAUUCUGGGAUUAUGAAACGCUAGCUGUAGCAUACAAGGUCAAGCCAUAUGCAAGUCAUCUUCAUUAUAAUAUCAGCUUGUCACUGCAUAUACCUCCCUGUAAUCCUUUCAAUAUA